AUGAUCCCACAAUAUAAAGUCACUUCCACCACCAGAGAAACAAAUGUUCAAAACAGCUGUCAAAACUCUGCCACUUCUGCAUCAACGGUUGUUGAUCCUCAAACCUCUGCCACCUCAUCUAGUCAAACCACUGCUGACAAAAGUCCAUCCUCUGUGGAUAAAAGUCAACCCAUUUUUACCCCCAUUCCACCCAUACCUCCACCUCCGUUCCAAAUAGAUGUUGGCUCUUCAAAAUUGCCAAUAGAUGUUAGCUCAGAUGAUUCACAUCUACAGCCUUCAUCUCUCAAUGCCAUCAUUCCAUAUAAGGGAGAUCUAAUGUACCUUAAAAGUCAUCCACCAGACCAAGUUAUUGGAAACAUCAAUAAAGGGGUGCUCACAAGAACAAAUCCUGCUGAAUUGUUUGACUUAGAUAAAUUUACAUUUGAAGAUGUGUCUGUCAAGACUAACCAUGCAGGUACACCACAGUCUUCCCAUCAAGAUAACGUAUUUGACAUUAUGAUCCCACAAUAUAAAGUCACUUCCACCACCAGAGAAACAAAUGUUCAAAACAGCUGUCAAAACUCUACCACUUCUACAUCAACGGUUGUUGAUCCUCAAACCUCUGCCACCUCAUCUAGUCAAACCACUGCUGACAAAAGUCCAUCCUCUGUGGAUAAAAGUCAACCCAUUUUUAGCCCCAUUCCACCCAUACCUCCACCUCCAUUCCAAAUAGAUGUUGGCUCUUCAAAAUUGCCAAUAGAUGUUAGCUCAGAUGAUUCACAUCUACAGCCUUCAUCUCUCAAUGCCAUCAUUCCAUAUAAGGGAGAUCUAAUCUACCUUAAAAGUCAUCCACCAGACCAAGUUAUUGGAAACGUCAAUGAAGGGGGCUAUGUCUCUUUCUACUCCACAACCCUCCACUCAAAUUCCACCAACAAUUUUACCUUGUUUGAUGCAAUUGAAACUCAGACACAAAUUAGUCCCUCUCAUUCACCUGUUAAAGAGAGCACACUUCCAUAUGUGACUGAGAUUGAGAAAAAUCAAUCUGCUAGCCCACAAACAGCUGAGGCGGCUACACCCCAUGAGUUACAUGUUACUCUUGGUGGUAGUUCAAGUGAAGCAGCCACUACAACUGAUGAAACACCAAUUUUUCAGUUGGACAGUGGCUACAUCUAUAAGUCUUCCUUGAAGGCAACAACUGUUGAGGGUACAAUCGUAAACUCUGUUCCAAUUGGAAGUCCCUAG